UGCGCUAACCUCCGAUUUUGACUUGCGCGAGAAACUUUAAGGAACUGUCUGUCACGUCCGCCCCACUGGGUUCAUCAUUUAAAGAUGUAAAAUAUACAGUGAAGGGAUACGGCACCGUUAUUUCCACUAAUCGUAUACUGACAAGAAAAUUAUUGCGUAGAGUAACAUCAAGUCAAAUAAUAUAAUCAGCAAUAAAAUAAAAUGUCAGAAUUACGAAAGAGAAAUGUAGGUGAAACGUUAGGAGUUAGUGGUGACACUAGCGAAGAUCAGAGAGAAGACAUUGAAUCCGAAGAUGAUGGAAAGCUCGAAGUCGAUGAGUUGGUUAAGGCUCUUCCACAAGGCACCGAUCAUACCCCGAAUAUUCUUGGACACAUACUUUCUGGCUUACCCGAUCGCUGGAAAAACUGGGUUGUCCGAGGUAUUUUCACAUGGCUCAUGAUUGGCGGAUUUGGUCUUAUUAUUUAUGGAGGACCUUUAGCACUGAUGGUUACAACUUUACUAGUACAAGUAAAGUGUUUUGAGGAGAUUAUAAACAUUGGAUAUGCAGUGUACAGAAUCCACGGAUUACCGUGGUUCAGAUCACUAUCCUGGUAUUUCCUCAUAACAUCCAAUUAUUUUUUCUAUGGAGAGAAUCUGAUGGACUAUUUUGCUGUAGUCAUCAAUAGAACGGAUUUGUUGAGAGUGUUAGUUACUUAUCAUCGAUUUAUAUCAUUUUGCUUGUACAUCGUGGGAUUCGUUUGGUUUGUUCUAUCGCUGGUGAAAAAGUAUUACAUGAAGCAGUUCUCUCUCUUCGCGUGGACCCAUGUGGCACUUUUGAUUGUUGUCACACAAAGUUAUUUAAUCAUACAAAAUAUAUUUGAAGGACUAAUAUGGUUCAUUGUGCCCGUAAGCAUGAUUGUCAUCAAUGACGUUAUGGCGUACGUCUUUGGUUUUUUCUUUGGGCGAACGCCUCUGAUAAAAUUAUCACCGAAAAAAACUUGGGAAGGAUUCAUUGGGGGUGGUUUCUCAACGGUUGUACUUGGACUAUUGAUGUCGUAUGGUCUCUGUCAAUAUCGUUACUUUGUCUGCCCAAUUGAAUACAGUGAGAGUUUGGGGAGAAUGACGAUGGAUUGCGAACCUUCUAGUCUUUAUCGACCACAGGAAUAUCCUAUUCCUAAUUGUUUACACAUUAUAACUAAAGUGUUCGGCAAACAAACAAUCACGGUGUAUCCAUUCUUACUUCACUCUCUGUCAAUGUCGGUAUUCAGUUCAGUGAUUGGACCAUUUGGAGGAUUCUUCGCUAGUGGAUUCAAACGCGCAUUUAAAAUUAAAGAUUUUGGAGAUGUCAUCCCUGGUCACGGUGGCAUAAUGGAUAGAUUCGAUUGUCAGUACCUGAUGGCAACAUUUGUUAACGUGUACAUUUCUUCCUUCAUUCACACAGCAUCGCCCCAAAAAUUACUGCAAGCAGUUUAUAGUUUAAAACCUGAACAGCAGCUACAAUUAUUCACAGCACUUCGUGAUUCACUCGAACACAGGGAUCUUCUAAAUACCACAAUACCUUAAAUCGCUAUUAUAUCUACCUUGUGGAAGAUAGAAAAAGAUCUGCGAUCAAUUAAUUUUUUUUUAUUAAAAAUAAAUAAAGAAAUGAGCCAUGCGUGGUCGAUGAUUUUCACUUAGAAAUUCGUUUAAGUAAGCGACAUUCUAUGCUGAAUCGGCCAUUCCAGUUAUUACAAAAACUUAUCUUGAAAUAAUCCACUAAAAUAGUAUUUUCUGAUCGUAUAUUAGGAAGAAAAAUUUAUUUAUUUUUAGCGGGCAUCUGUGCAAGAAAUCAUUUUAAAAAUUACAAGAGUGGAAAAUUUUGUUUAAAGUCGCCGCAGAGUACAGAAGUAUUUUCUUAUUCAGAAAGUACAUGGAAGACAAAAAAUAUAUAUAUUUUUUUUAUUC